GAAACAAAAUAAGACAUAAGUUGUUACAUUUUAAAUGUCUUUAAACGUUUUGCAGUUAAGUUUGUGGGUGAAAUUAAUUAAAUUGAAUGCAGUUUAAUGCACGAGAUUGGGCUUGGUUUGCUUUCUACUUCCUUCUAGAAAAAGUCAGGCCCCUAGAUUGAAAAGGUUAAGAACUCCAGCACUAGAUGAUGUCAAAAGUUUGCUGCUGAUGGAUGGUCCUGGGCUGCUCCCCUUCUGGCCUCUCCCUGCUCCCCUCUCUCCGAUCUCAGCCUCACAGAGCCGUGGGACGAGCCGUGGGACGAGCCGUGGGACGAGCUGUGGGACGAGCUGUGGCACGAGCCGUGGGACGAGCCGUGGGACGAUCCACAGACCACUGGACAUCCGAGUUUCCACAUCUGGACACACCUGAAGCGCAGGAGGAUAUGCUGAUGCAGAAGCACAGAUGGACUCAGGCUCUGAGUGCACUGCUCCUGACCUGGGCCGUGCUGUGCCAGGAGCCCCACCUGCCUCCCAUAGUGCAGGCUGCAAACAUCACUCACAUCUGCCCACUGCUCUGUAAAUGUGUCUCCGAAAGCACGGUCAACUGUGCGGGGGCGGAGCUCACCUACUUUCCCCCAGAUUUGUCUGACAAGACCCUACAGCUUUAUUUAGAGAACAACAUGAUUACAGAAGUAACUGUGGAGCAUAUGUCGCAUCUGCACCUACUCGAGACGCUCAACCUUCAAAACAACGGCCUCUCCAGUGACGGUCUUGAGGAUGAAGGCCUUGAAAUGCUUGAACAGUUGGUUUUGUACCUGGCAAAUAACAAUCUUACUUCAGCGCCCAAGGCACUGCCACACUCCUUAGUAAGUGCAGAUUUUACUUCAAAUGAGCUUACAAGAAUUUAUCCGUAUACAUUUGGCUACAAGCCUAAGCUAAGGUCGGUGUAUCUCCAUAACAACAAACUGAUGGACUCCAGCCUUCCUGAGCACAUGUUCAAUGGCUCCAACAGCCUGGAGGUCCUCGCCAUGUCCAGCAACCUUCUGACUGAGGUGCCCAGGAACCUGCCAUCCAGCCUCCAUCAGCUCCACCUGAAGAGCAACAAGUUGAUGGCGAUUCCUGCGGGGGCCUUUGAAAAUCUGUCAAACUUGAGGGAGUUACAUCUGCAGGACAAUCUGCUGAGCAGCCAGAACAUCGGGCCCACAGCCUUCAGUGACCUGAGCAGACUGGAGUACCUGGAUUUGUCCAACAACAACCUAAACGUUGUUCCCAGUGGCCUUCCAAAGAGCCUGCUUAUGCUGCACUUGGAGAAGAACUCCAUCCACAGCAUUGCUGCAGACAGUCUCAGCUCGCUCAGGAGCCUGGAGUACCUUGUGAUCCACAACAACAAGCUGCGCUCACGCAGCAUCCACCCUGCUGCCUUCCAGGGUUUGAAGAAGCUGCACACCCUGCACAUGUACAAUAACCUGCUAGAGAGAGUUCCUCGAGGGAUGCCGCGCAGAGCCACCACCGUCAUGCUCCUGCACAACUCCAUUUCUGAGAUCGGCCGCAAUGACCUGGCUCUGCUGCACACUCUGACAGAACUCAACCUGAGCUACAAUAGGCUCAGCAGCGGCAAACUGCACCACGAGGCCUUCAGGAAGCUGCGCAAUCUGAGGUCUCUGGAUGUGUCUGGGAACAGCUUGCAUGUGUUUCCUUUGGGCCUGCCUCGGAGCCUGCAGGUGCUGGAGAUCAACAACAACCAGUUGAGCUCUAUCCCACAUGGGGCUCUGUCUGGGAUGGACAAACUAAGCAGACUGGCCCUCAGCAACAACCAGCUCAAACUCAACUCUGCCUAUCAGGGAGCAUGGCUCGAGGUCAGCGCGCUCACUACACUGGACCUCUCUGGGAAUCUCCUGUCCCAUAUCCCUCCAGACCUGCCGGAGUCCCUGGAAUACCUGCACCUCCAGAGCAACCGCAUCUCAUCUGUGCCCGCCUCAGCGUUCGAUGGCACACCCAAUCUCAAAGGACUCUAUCUGAGGUUGAACCGACUGACAGUGGCCUCUGUGGACGAGAGUGCCUUCUUUUUCCUCCCUGACUUGGACGUGGAGCUGGACUUUGAGCUGUCCUUCAGGCCCAGAUCAUCAGACACUACUCUACUGGACCAGGAGGAGGAAGAGGAGGAGGAGGUCUGACAGCAGCACAAUCUCUGGGUGUUUUCCAAAACCUAGUACCCGUGCCUUGGUAGUUGGUUCCGCUAAAAUCACUUCCUUCGAGGCCAAGGACCCUUCCUUGGGUCAAACUGAGGUGAAUAGAAUAGGCUUCAGAGAGAAUGAGCAGCAGAAGUUCACUUUCUCUUCCUCCUUGUGUGCAUAACAAAACAAUUAGAUAAAUACUACAACUGCCUUUACUGUUAUGUGCAAACAUAUAAAUCUCAUCCAUAUAAUGCCCCCUCCCAAUAGUAGUGACUCCCCCAUAAUGCCCCAUACUGACCUCUAAUUACACUCCCCCACUACCGCUCACCUGUACUGUAUACCCCUCCCCAGGAAGAAAGUGACAGCUUCAGUUUACUCCUGUGGCCCAAAAAACAUUUCAUUAAUGACAAUCUAUAUCUCCUGUAUGCAGCUAUUAAGCAUUUGUGUUUAAAAAAACAUUGAAUACAUUUUUCAAGCUGAUGCACUGCUUUUGCUGCAUUUCAACUCCAUACCAAUUUUUUUUUUCUUCAAAUGAUAACUGACAAAAUAGGUAAAAUGACAAAAUACUAACUAAAUGCCUGAACAUUGGAACAGGCCCAGGUCAGACCAAGGCACAGUCCCGAGGGUUUGGAAAGCCUCUGUGUGCUGGGUCAGCUGCUGGUGCUGGAUGCCAGAUUGGUUCACAGCCAUUGUAUUCGUCUUUAGCCUGUUUUUCACAUUUAUGAACAUAUUUUGCAUAUUGUCUUGUUAAUACAGUCUCAAUGUAAUGAGUUCUCUGCUUAUGGAAAUAAUGUCAUGUAUGUCAUGCAUGACCCACUGCCACCAACCUUACACAAUUUUCAUGACUGCUUUUACAAACUCAUAACUCACUCCAAAGUCAUAACACAUUUUAUGUAUUAAAUUAAAUGU